AUGAGCGUCCAGUUUGUUCUACCUUCCUCCGACAAAGCACGGACCUCCUCUUCAGACUCUUCCGAGUCCCCCACCCCACCACUUCCGGAUUCACAAAGCUCUGGGUACUUCGGAGACGCGCUCUACGAAUCACCGAAUCAUUCCGACGACGAAGCUGUGGACGAACCUGAUAGUGACGACGGAAAGUCGGACACAGAUAAAAGUGAUUCCACCCUAGAGGAAGAACAUAUAGCAUGUCAGAUAGGACACCCCCUCCAACGCAUGCAAAGGUGUGAUAGCAUCGACUGCGAAAUCGCUGGAUGCACCGAGAACGAUCUGGCGAUCCUUGCGAAAGGUGCUGCGUCCUCUUCACACUCCUCACGAACCCACUCGACAUCAUCCGUGACGUCAGCAAGGUUCUUGGCUGAAUUUGUAGACUACGAUAAGAUCGUAGAAUUUCUUCUGCAAAGUAAGGUCAAUCCUUUCCAACACGCAGGAACUCGAAAUUUAGUUGUGUAUGACCCGCUUGAGAAUCCUGCACCUAUAUCCGAUGGCUCUCUUGCCCAGCGACUCUUGAUCAAAUGCCUUCCACGCUCGUCCAAAGAACUCCUCAUCCUUCUUGAGAUUAACCACCCAGAAAUGAGAGAAGACCCGUGGAACGCAGCCCCCCACAUCCUCCGCGCAGUUGAGCGCGACGAGGACGUGUACUUGUGCAUGGACUCGCUCGUGGAAUUUGAUCAACCACCAAUGCGGACCUGCAGUACGAAGUUGUCUUUGACGUCUUACCCAUUCUCUGUCGAGCAGGGGCUCACCUUCCUCCACGAACAUCGCAUUGCUGGUCUUUCAUGCUCCGAGCCAUCGUCCUAUAUGGUCGAUCUCAGCAGCGGACGUACCACAACCUCACCAUCAACCCCAGCCUCCGAGUUGCACGAAAGUCCGGUCAUGUAUUUUGACCGAACCGCAUUUCCAGUCCGGUACUACUUUGUGAACUUUACCAAUGCCCAACGUGUGUCUUCGAGAAAGGAUUACUCGUCUUCGCCAGCAUCACCCGCCGACGGGAACUCGUUGUUCUCCGAUUGCCCAUUUAAGAAAGAUGUUCCACAAAUCGCCCCAAAGAUGAAGUCUCUCAUCAAGGCCAUGACGUUAGGAGGGUUUGCAGCGGACGAUGCGCGGAAGCUGUUUGAGGCGCUGUGCCGCACGCUUGACGCACGGGUAUUUGAACAAAUGCCCGGAUCGGAGAGUCCACCGCCUGGUUUACCCGGCACAACUGGCAGGGGUCGCCACAAUAAUAAUAGACGGAACCAACCCGCGGACUUGAGCCUGCAACUUACCGAGUCCACCCUCGAUCCCUCUAACUCGAUCCCAUCAAAGGAAGCUUCCUUGUUUGGAUGGAUUAUCAUGAACGAUUUUGCAGGAAUAAAUAAAUGUAUAAAAACAAAAAUCUUCCUUGAGGUCUACCACUUUGGCAGUGACAUACACAACCAUAUGAUUAUUUUUUGA